AUGGGCUCCUCUCUGCUAUCCGAGCCACGACGCAAACGAAAGCGCACCGCCAGGGCGACUUCCUCCUUCAGGUUAAACUAUGGCACCGCGGGGAAGAACGAAGGGAAGCGCUGCGCUAGGUGCCUGCCCUGGAUUGCCGGGGUGUUCGGCCUCACCAUGGCCGUCAUUGUUUGCGUGAGAAACGGGUUCAAAGACUUGGCCAGAGAGAAAGCGAGGGACGCGCGGCUCGGGAGGGCAGAGGUCCACGCAAAGUCUCAUCCUCUGGCGCUGCUCCUCGAGGGGCAGCACGAUAUCGGGUCCCAGGCCGCUCGUUUCGCGGAUCCGGAUGGGCAUUGCCUGUACCCCUCGCCCGGCGCUGAUCAACCGAUCGCCGAGAGACUGGGCGUGUUCACCUGCGUGGCGGACACGCCGUUCUUCCUGCGCGCCCUGGCGGAGUCGUUACGGUUCCGUUUCUUGGUGGUCGUAGAUGUCGGCAGCGUGUCUCUUCGUCAUGGUCUUCCUGCUUCGUCACCUGGGUUGGGCGUGGCGCUCACCGGACUAGAAUCGGAGAUAUUUCCUGAUGCACCGCAGCUACAGGCACGGCAUCGGGUGCGCAUUGGUAAAUAUCUGGCGCAAAUAACGGCCGGCGAGGAUCCGCUCCCAAAUAACGCCGAUCUGAUCCUCAUUGAUGUACACGAGGAAGUGCUGUCUGCAGAUGACUGGGUGGACCUGUUUCGCUCCUUGAUGCGGGUGCGAACGUGUGCCUUCAUUCUGAUAGAGUCGAGUCGAGAACGCUCGGCGUUAUCAGAUGACGGGGUGAUUGUCAUCCGCGGCCCGCGGGAGCAAGAAGACGCGACAACGGGUGCGGGGAGGAACGAGGGAGCGGGGUCGACAAUUCGCGCUUGGUACGGAAGCGGACAAUUGUGGGACGCGGUGACGGCUCUCGCGUGCGACCAAGUUGCCGCUGCUGCUGCUGUGGGCAAUUUAGACGGCGGCAUCAUCGUGCUACGACACGCAGCACCUGGCGAAAUAGAUGUAAAGACUGUAAAGGCGAGAUGUGGCCGUAACCACCCAGGGCAACAAGGGGGGGGCGGCGUAGCAAAGGGGGCGGUGGCGGCAGCCCCACCACACCCAUUGCGAUUCGAAAGACUUUUCCUAUGGUCGACCGCACAGGGUGACAUUACCACAGUUACGGCGAUCGAGGCUGUUCAGGCAAAGUUUGGCGGAGCUAACGCGGUGCGGAAAUACGCCCGGCGAAGGUACGACCGAUCGGCGUGCUUGAACACUUCGAACACCUUCGCCACCGCCGAAGCUGCGGCUUGGAGCGAACCAUCGUUAGAAGCGGAAAGCAUGGGCGGUGGGCACCUCCGCGCCGAACCGCGGCACAUCCGCCACAAGAGUUUGCCACAAAGCGGCGCCGCAUCCCAGUGGCACUCCGCUGCACGAGCGUGCCUGGAGACGCACUUGGAGGAGCACUCUCAGGAUGUGCGAGCCGGGUUCGCGCUCGAGAUGGUGCUUAGGGCGACCGGGGGCAGCGGGGUCGACAGGCAGGUUGCCCGCCUUCGAACGAGAAUGACUGAAGAGAGUGGACCGGCGGGAGGCCUCCUUUGGCGAGCGCUGCACGCGCGCGCGGCCGGUGUGGCGGCAACGGGGCUGCUCCUUUAG